GACGUGACUUCCGGUACAGUAGUGAAGUAUUCCAACAUGGCGCUCGUGUAUCUCGAGUGAGGAGUCUCCUUCGGCCUAGUUUCGAGUUAGGAAGAUUUCGUUUGAUUUCUGGAAGUAAGACGCCAUUUUGUGUUUCACCUCGUAUACUGGCGUUUGGAAAUGAAGGAGAAAGACCGCUCGCCUGCGAGGAAACGCUCACGGGUGCCAGAUGACGGCAAAGAGCGAAGAGGGAGUCUCGCUAGCAGGAGGAGCGGAGAGCUGCUCAGCGUCGCCAGCAACAACGGCAACAACUACGUACCCUGCGGCGCCUCGUCCAGGAGAAGCUUACCCGGUGACAAAAGAGACAAUUUUUCGGACAUUCGGGCCGGUAAUGGUUAUAGCUACGGAGCACUGCCAGGAACGCACGGUGGCGCGGUCCUCGCUUCGCGCAGCGACCCGCGGUCCCCUGAAAGUGAGUACAAGACUCUUAAAAUUAGUGAGUUGGGCUCGCAGCUGAGCGACGAAGACAUAGAAGACGGACUGUUUCACGAGUUCAAGAAAUUUGGAAACGUGAGUGUAAAAAUGAGUCGAGAAAACGACGAGAGGGUAGCGUUCGUCAAUUUCCGGAAGCCCGACGACGCCCGAGCGGCCAAGCAUGCUCGCGGCCGACUGGUGCUCUUCGAUCGGCCCCUCAAAGUUGAUGUGGUGUACAUGAAUCGGCGCAGGAGCCGCUCCCCGCUUUCUAAAGACAGUUUCCCACUUGGACACAGACACGUUCUCCCCCAGAGACAGCUCUCCCCCACCUGUUUGGGCUACAGAGACUUCCGGUUGCAGCAAAUGGCGCUGGGCCCCCUCCCCCCUCCUCCCCUGCCUCACCUCACAGAUGUGGAAAGAGAUGCCUAUUAUUCCCUCUACGACGGCAGGAAUCACGCAGCAUUCCUUCCAGAGUUUCACAACGACAACUUGUCCGAUGACGACCAGAGGGCAAACAGGACGUUGUUUCUCGGCAACCUGGACGUAGGCCUGACUGAGAAUGACCUGCGGCGAGCAUUUGACCGCUUUGGAGUUAUAACCGUAGUGGACAUUAAACGAGCAGUGCGCGGCCAGAGCACCACUUUCGGAUUUGUCAAGUUUGAAAAUCUCGACAUGGCCCAUCGAGCUAAAGUGGCCAUGUCGGGGAAAUUGCUGGGCCACAACCAGGUUAAAAUUGGAUACGGCAAACCAACGCCCACUACCAGGCUGUGGGUGGGAGGCCUUGGCUCGUGGACUUCCCUCGCCGCCCUGGCCAAAGAGUUUGACCGCUUUGGCACCAUCAGGACUAUAGACUACAGGAAAGGCGAAGCAUGGGCAUACGUUCAAUACGAGAGCAUGGAUGCCGCUCAGGCCGCGUGCACGAACAUGCGAGGCUUCCCACUCGGCGGUCCUGAUAGGAGAAUCCGGGUGGACUUUGCUGACACUGAACACCACUACAAGCAGCAGCAGCAGUUCACUCAGCCCCCGCUGCCACUCCAACACUUUGACUUGGUCCCUCCACCGUUCCAUCACCGCUUCGCCGACUCCAUCAGAGAUCGCUCGCCACUGCUGCAACCCCCUCGUUUCCGAGAGCGGAUUCUAACCUCUCCUGCCGAGUGGUCCGGCUUGGGUGUCCAUGACAGGAUGCGAGGGUCUGGUUUCCUGCCUCUUGCUAACCUGGACAGACGUUCCGGUGAGCACUGGCCGGUGGACCGUGAUUGGGAGUUGCAAAGAGGAGACGCAAAUCGCCGGAGACGAGACUUGGAGAACACGUGGCGCCCCGAUCGCUCGCCUGAAAACAAUGGCGCGCCGCAUGUCGGCAGCCCCGCCGAACGCAGCCCCGCAGAUGGAGGUGCAGAUAGCGAUGGCGAACGCGUGCCUCGCCCUGGUCGGGCCUCCCCAACUAGAGGGCGCCCAAACAGUCAGGACAAGAGAAGAAGAAGCCCGACCGCAGCCGCCUCAUGCUCCGAGAAAGAGCGCAAACGCAAACCCGGCGACAAGCUCAAAAGCCCGGCCGGGAAGGAGGACGUCUUGGAUCGUCUGUCCGGCCAGAAGCUGAGUCAGGUGUGGCGAGGUGUCCUCCUCCUGAAGAACAGCUGCUUCCCCACAGUGCUGCACCUUCUUGACGGCGACGCAGCGGUGGUCUCUCGCCUGCUCCUGGAUGGCCCCAAAGGUAGCCAAGCGACAAAGCUGAAAAUCAGCCAACGUCUGCGGAUGGACCAGCCCAAGCUGGAGGAGGUGUCCCGCCGCAUCAAGGCCGCCGGCUCGAACGGCUACUCCGUCCUCCUCGCCAUGCCCGGGAAAUCCGAGGACGGCACUGUUCCAGACGGCAAAGACUCCACGGAGCGUCCGCUGAAGAAUCUGGUGUCCUACCUGAAGCAGAAGGAAGCUGCCGGCAUCGUCAGCCUCCCCGUGGGGGGUACUCGCAACAAGGAGCACAGCGGCGUGCUUCAUGCUUUCCCUCCAUGUGAGUUCUCUAUGCAGUUUAUGGAUGAGUCCGCAAAAGCUUUUGCUAAAUCAGAUGAUGACUACAUGGUUAUGGUCAUUAUUAGAGGGACAUCAUGAGGGGAGGAAAAAAAAUCAACUGCAGCUUCAUGUGAGCUGUCGAGUGCGCUUUGUAGAUGGGGUUAC